AUGACCCUGACAAUAGGCGAAAGGUCACCCAGAGUUCAAAUUAUAAAGAAAAAUUUCCGGAAUAAUAGCCUGUUAAAUUUGUUCGUUGAUGGAGGUUACAUGUCGGGUGGGGCAGGAUAUGUACUAAGCCGAGAAGCGGUACGAAGGCUGAUAGAGCGUGGCUUAAACAAACAACGAUGCCGAAACGACAGCGGAGGCGACGAAGAUUUGGAGAUGGGACGCUGCCUGGAAAGAGUCAACGUAAAGCCAAAGAACAGCCGAGACGAGCAUGAUAGGGGAAGGUUUUUCCCUUUUAAUAUCACUUACCACAUGUCUCCGGGUCAUAUGAGUCGUACAACGGAUUGGUACCCACAACACACUCACAACAACGACGGUGAUCUCCUGAACUGUUGUUCCGAUACUGCCAUCGCGUUUCAUUAUGUUAAGCCAAUUGAAAUGUACCAGUUCGAGUUUUUGUUAUAUGGUCUUAGGAUGCAUGUUAAUCGCUUUUCUAAUGUAAUGCAAAUCUAGAGCCAGUGGCGUUAAUAGCUUUAUACCAACGCUUGUUUUAUAGCAAAAAUCUGAAUCUA